CUGCGGCCUCAGCAUAAAACCCAGAGCAGGAGGGCGGUGCUAUGGCUCCAGUUGGCAUCUACCGGCGCUGCCAGGAGCCCCAGAACAUGGCAGGUGGCAUGGGGGCUGGGACAGCAGGUUAUGGGGCGCUGCUGAGUGGGGGAGGCCGCCCUGUAUUAGCACUUUAUGCUGUGCAUGCUGUGUCCUUCCUGCUCUGGGCUGUGCUGCUGGCCACUGUCAUCGGAAAGUAUGCUGAGAUGUCUCGGGAGCUGGAGAAGCUGAGAACGGAUCAGGCCCUGUUAAGAGCCAAUGGCUCUGACAUGACGAAGCAGCUGCAGAUACUCCGUUCCAACCAGUCCGGUCUGCAAGGCACUGGGGGUGCGCUGACCCAGAAGCUGGAGAACCUGGAGGCUGACUUGAAGACCACGCGGCAGGAGGUGGCUACAGAGAAGGCCCAGAUGGAGAACAGCCAGACCAUGCUAAGGAAGGAGACCUACCGCAUAUUGGCUGGCCUCAGGAACAUAAAUGCCUCAGCCUGCGCCGUCUGCCCACCCAACUGGCUGCUCUAUGCUGGUGCCUGCUACUUCUUCGCCACCACCCCUCAGCACUGGUCCUUUGGCCGCAGCAAGUGCCAGGCGCAGGGCGCCCACCUUGUCAUCAUCAAUGACUCAGAUGAGCAGAGUUUCCUGGCACAGAAAAUCAAGGGCAAGGAAUACUGGAUUGGCCUCCAUGACACUGGCGAGGAAGGCAAAUUCACCUGGGUGGAUGACAGCUCUGCUACCUACACAAACUGGGACUUCGGGGAGCCCAACAACCAAGGCCUGGGGGAGGACUGCGUGAUGAUGCUCAGCCACGGGAGGUGGAAUGAUGCGGCCUGUGCCGGGAAGGUGGAGGGCUGGAUUUGUGAGAAAGAAUGGAGCUGCUAACCACCACCGUGGGACCCAGGUGUCUGGACCUGCUGGACAUUACUGAGGCAUCCCAGCUCCCCAUGAGGAACCUACAUGCGCAGCUCCCUGUGCAGAGCCCCGGUGUCCGGGCUUCAUGUGAGGAACCCAGGCAUCCGGGCUCUGUAUGUGGAACCCAGGCGUCUGGGCUUCCUUUCCCCACCUCCCAGUUGUUUGCUUGCCAGUUGCCUCCUUUCACACUUCAUGCAGAGAACCCAGGCAUCUGGCUCACCUCAGUCCUACUGUCACCAACUCUAUACCUAGGAUGGUAUUAACCCCUUGCUGCCUGCAGGAGGGGGCAGACUGUGGGAGCCCUGUGAUCCUCUGGCCUGGGCUGAUCCAGCCAAUUGUGUCCCAGGCUCUUUCUUUGAGCUAUUCUGAUAUGGCAUGGGAGCACUGGGUCUUUGCCUGAUUGGCCAGGGUUCAGGUUCUGAUGCAAAAUGGGCAGGGCCGUGAUCACAUGGAUGCAAUGGCAGGUGCGUGCAUGCGUCCCCACGGGUAUGGGGGCACAGAUCUCUGCUUGCAUGUACACCAUGCCAUUGUGUGGGCUCACAUGUGCUGUUCACAAUGUGGCCACUCGAGGGCAGGGCAGGCCCUGACUUACCCUGCUACCUAUUCCUGCCCUUGGGGGUGGAGGGUGUAAGGAGCGGACCCAGGCACCGAGUCCUAGUACUGCUUUUUCCUAGGACAGCCCCUGGAACAUGGCCAUGGCAGGCACCAGCCUCACGCCUGUGGCUGGACGCUGUUGAGGACCCUGUUCUGGGCUCAGGGGGUACUGCCUUGCCCAGCCUGAUCCUUACCUAUCACAUGCCUACCCCACAAAUCAGACCUGCACCAGGUCUGCGGAAGGCAGGUUUUCCUACAGGCACUGGAAAUUUUAGGCAUUCACUAUGGCAUCCAUACCAUCACAGCCACCAUGGACUCAGGAGCAGAGCAUGUAUAGCUCCUACCACCUCCUUAGCAGAUCAGUUCACACUGGAUGCUGCUCCCCUCUGCUGCUGCUCGCUGGGGCCAGAGAGGUGCAGCUGCCAUGUUGCCAGCUAUUGGAGUACACACCCCAUGCUUCUAUUCCAGUGGGGUAAAUGCAGCUUCCUCCCUUAGGAUCCUGGAGUGGGGGGAGGUGCAUGUGGCAUGUGAGGAAUUAUGGCAUUUCCCAUAGUUGGGGGGGCAGGGUUCCCUGAGUUGCUUUCUCCCAGCUGCUUCUCAGGCCUCAGACCUCAAUGGGCUGAAUUAAAAAAUUGUUUCUCCCCUA